UCAGGCUCCUGAGUGCUGGGAUACAGGUGUGUGCCACCAUGUCUGGCCUGUUUUUUCCUUUUUCUUAAGGCAAAGUGUCUUGCUGUAAUGUCUAGGCCAGUGACAGAGAACCUUUUAGAGCUUUCAGACAACCUGCUGUGGCAUGUGUGCCCUAGGCUUGCCAAGCUGGAACUACCCUGCUUCAUCUUCCCAAGUAGUGGGAAUGCAGGCUGCUGGGAUUUGGCCAUGACUGGGCUGGAUUUGCAUUUUUAGGAGCUCUUUGGCCGUGUGGGUGGGAACGCAGGAAGGGAGAUGGGCUGGGAGCUGGGGGGCUGGACAAGGCUGGAGGCUGGAGUGGGCACAACAGGGCUUGGCGGUGGGGCCGUGGCUCUUGCUGUGAGGGCGGCCAUUUGGGAGCAACUUGGGGAGGAUCGAGUUGCACUGUGGACACUGCUGAGUCCAGGAGGGCGUUGGAGGCUGAGCUGACACCUGGAAGGGGAGGGGAGGGGCAUGGGGAGCGCGCUGAGGCCCUGGGGGGCAGGGCAGGGGGCCCUGAGCCAGGAGGAAGAGGCUGGGUGAGGGCAGCUCUGCUGGCGCCUCCGAGGGGCCUGAUGUAACCAGCUCCGGGCGGGAGGCCCCAGGAUGUCCUCUUCCUCCGUCCUUGGCCCCUGUCACCGCGGGAGGGCGGGAGGGCGGUGCCGGGUGGAAUGCCUCGAUGUUACUGCUUGGGGCAGCCCCGCAUGCCGCAGGAAGGCUGCGCCGGACAGCAGUGUGGCUGGGCCUGGGGAAGGAAGCCCCCUGAGACGGAUGGGGGGGGCGCUGCAGCUGUCACCCGCGUCCUGCCCCAGGCCCUGUAAUUAGGGCGCUUCCCCACGCCGCGCCACCUGGGGGUCAGAUUUGCUCCCAUUCUUUGGCCUCGGAUAGCUGCCAAGGAGGAAAGGUGGGGCCCUGUGAGCCUGGAGAUGACAGACUGGCCUCCUGCCCUAUAAAGGCUCUUGGGGAUCCCACGCACCCAGACUCAGCACCCCGUCUUUGGGGGCCAGCAGACAGCCAUGAAACUCAACUGGAUGCUUGUGGGGGUCCUGGUCCUUGGCCUGUUUGCUGGAGGCAUCUCAGGCAGUGAGGACCGCCCCUCUCCCCCAUCCACAGAGGCCAGAGAAGAGGAGGGCCCCCCACCACUGCCUCUCGGCCCUCCGAUCCCUGGCGACCCCUGGCCAGGGGUACCCCCGAUCUUCGAGGACCCUCCACCCCCAGGUCCCAGCCAUCCCUGGGGAGACCUGCCCGACAGUGGAGCGUGGCCCCCUGAGCCCCCUAGCACCGAUCCCCCCCAGCCUCCCCGGCCUGAUGACCCUUGGCCGGCGGGACCCCAGCCGCCAGAAAACCCCUGGCCACCCGCCCCCGAGGUGGACCACAACCCCCGUGAGGAGCCCGACCUUGACCCACCCCGGGAAGAAUACAGAUAACGGGGUCCCCUGCAGAGAGCACCCAAGCCCAUGUCUACCCCUCUGCUUCCUUUUAAAGUCUCCACUUUUGUCUGACUUUUUUGUCUGCACACCCUCAGUUUUAUUCUGAGCUCGAACUUGUCCUCAGUAGCUAGGGACCCACGUUCAGGCUGCACAUUCCCCUUCCUUUUUUCUCUGACACCAAAGCACACUCCUACCUCACCCACUCCUCUCCCUGCCCCUGCCUCCACCUCCACCCUGUCGCUGGGACCUGGGACGCUGGACAGGGCCAGCAGCACUGUGCUGCCCGCCGCCACCUGGUGGCCUACAGCUGGGGCCCACCCGUAGACCACGUACUUCAGCAAAAUGGAAAGAAUAAAAAAUGUUUUCUCAAUCUUG